AUGAAGAUGAGAAGUUAUUCAAAAUCAACUUAUGAGUACACUAAAUUAAGAAAGAGCUUUGGCAGGCAACCUCUGUUUCAAUCAGUUCCUGCUCAUAUAAUAGAUUCUAUAAAUCCAGACUAUGCGCUGCAACAGGAAUAUAUGCUUCGCAAUCCUGUCCACCGGGAGACUCAAGCCACGUUGCCGUUAUCGGAGAAUGAUAGCAACACCAAGCCAAUCAUAACGAAUGAACAAGGCAUAAAUCACACAGAAGGUGGGUGGCCCCGUGAUGUUCAUCUCUAUAACGAAGAUCACCUAGCACGCCAUCGACGCCGAGUGCAACACGAGGAAAAUUAUGUACAAUCAGUAUUAAGCUUAAGACCUCCUAUAGAGCACUUUAUUGAUCAAAACAAUGCAAUCGAUAUGUAUCAAACAUACUUCAAAGAAAUGCAAGCUCAGGCACCAGUCGAAAAGUAUAAAGUCCAAAUAGCUAACAUAUUUAGAGAUCCAUCUCAUCGACCCAUAUCGUGCUUUACAUGGACAAACGAAAAGAAACCAAAAUUAAUCGCAUCUUACUGUCACAAAAAGUAUCCUAUAUAUGAAGACACAAAACAAGAAAACGUAUGCUACGUAUGGGAUUUAAAUAAACAAACUACGCCCAUAUUAAGCUUUUUACCCCAACAUGGUUGUUGGCAAGUUGUAAGUUCUCCAGUAGAAUCUGAUAUCAUAAUAACAGGACUUAACAACGGUAUAGUUAACGUUUUUGAUUUUCGUGUAGGGCCUAAUUCAGUAGGCAGUAGUUCUAUAUAUAACUCUCAUUUUGGUCCAGUUACAGCAUUACUUUACACACAUUCACGAACAAAUACUGAAUUUUUUACUGGUUCUCCAGAUGGGCAAUGCCUUUGGUGGGAUAGUAGAAAUCUUUCUCAACCUAUUGAUCAUUUGCCAAUGUCAGUUAAACAUGGAGCUAAUGAAAAACCAAGUUUGAAUAAUUCAGAAGGUGUUAGUGCCUUACAGUUUGAUCGGGGCUUACCAACAAAAUUUUUAUGCGGUACAGAAUCAGGACUUGUUAUAAAUGCUAAUCGCAUGGGAAGAAGUCAUUCUGAAAUAUUAACUUGUUACUGGGAAUCACACGCGGGACCCGUAAGAGCUGUACAUCGAAGUCCGUGUACUUUAAGGAUGUUUAUCACAUGCGGAGAUUGGAAUGUUCGCAUAUGGAGUGAGGAAGUUCGCACAGCUCCUAUAAUAGUAUCUAAGCCAUAUCGUUACCAAGUUACUGAUGUUGCUUGGGCACCUUUAAGAUAUUCUAGCUACAUGGUCGUAUCUGAAGAUGGCGUAUUUUAUUACUGGGAUCUCCUUCGGAAAUAUAAACAGCCAGUGGCGACUUUACAUAUAUCGAAAUAUGGCCUAACUAAAGUAGUCCCUCACACUGAAGGUAAGUUUAUAGCUGCCGGCGACAACAACGGAUCGUUAUUUUUACUACACUUAUCUGAAAAUAUGACAAUAUCUGGUCCUAAUGAUAAACAACUAAUGCAUCAAACGUAUGAUAGAGAAACGAGACGUGAACAUAUUUUGGACGCCAGAGUUAAAGAACUGCGAUUAAAAGCUCGCACUGAAGCAGAGGCUACAAGUGAAACUAUCGUCGAAGAAUCUACCGAUGACCUCGAAGAGGAAACUGAAAAUUAUUUUAGAUCUGUUCGAGAAGAAAUGAAAAACAUCAGUGGUUCAUUAAGUAUUAGCAAUUUAUCAAAU